GUCGCACGCUCCACACUAUUACGUAGGUAUCUGUCAGACCAAGUCACACACAUGAGAGGGCGAGACAUGAAGUAGUAGUGUACAGAGUCUUGAUAAACCUUGCUUAUUUAUGUCUUGACCUUUUCUAUGAUUCUUCCUUGUCUGUCCCCCACCUUCGAGUCUUUCCAUCAAUCCUGUCCGUACUCCUCGCGACAUUCCUCCAUACUCCCUACAUACCUAGGAAUCUCGGGCCAUCCCUACUCGAACCCUGACCUAUAUUCACCUACGUACAUACAUCUAUACAUACAGCCCCGGGACUGCAAAGCCCGUUUCUUGAGCGAGUCCCCUGGGCUGCCCUGAAUUGCGCUCCUCCCUACGACACCGACCCCAGCCAUCCAUAGGUUGCGAACCCGUACCUAGCGUCAUGUUUUUCACGAUGCCGUCUGGCGCCACCAUCAUCGGUGGACUGCCAUCGUCAGCCCUCUUCUCUGUUCCCACAGGCCAGGAACCGUUGGGCGUCCCUCCGCCAGCCCCCGGCUCGAGCUCGACAACCUUCGCCAUCCCAGACCACAUUUACACCGCAGUGCUCGACGCCAGGGUCCCCAUCACCAUCGCGACCUUGUACGCCGUCACCGUGAAGUUGCUCAACCGCUACAACACGUCAAAUGGCAAGAAGCCCUGGGCCAUCAGCAAGACCGCGCCCUUCAAGGCCUUCGUCAUCCUGCAUAACCUUUUCCUCGCCGUCUACUCGGCCUGGACCUUCUGGGGCAUGCUGGGAGGGAUGAGGAGGACGGUUGUCAGCCCCAUGGGACCUCACGGACUGGCUGCCACUGCCGAUAGCCUUUGCCAGGUGAACGGCCCUCCUGGUUUCGGAUAUGCCACCGUCCACAGCGACACCCUCGGUCAAUGGACAAGCUUCAGCGGCCCUGCCCCUCUGGGCAGCGACGGAGCUCCCAGCAGGGAAGUCUACGGUAGGCUCUGGAACGAAGGUCUUGCCUUCUACGGCUGGAUUUUCUACCUCAGCAAGUUCUACGAGGUCCUGGACACCUUCGUCAUCCUCGCCAAGGGCAAGCUCAGCUCCACCCUCCAGACGUACCACCAUGCUGGUGCCAUGAUGUGCAUGUGGGCCGGCAUGCGCUACAUGUCCGCUCCUAUCUGGAUUUUCGUCUUGGUCAACUCGUUCAUUCAUGCCCUUAUGUAUACUUACUAUACCCUAACGGCCUUCAACGUCCGAGUGCCGACGCCCAUCAAGCGCUCCCUCACCACGAUGCAGAUCAUGCAGUUCGUCCUCGGCGCCUCCUUCGCCAUGCUACACUCUUUCAUCUCCUACACCAUCCCCAUGGUCGUCCCCGUCGAGAACGCGGCCAAGGCCGCCGCCGCCAGCUCCCCCGCCGCCGGCGCCGUCGUCACCACCACCCUCGGCGCCCUCGACAGCCUCAGGCAGCUGAUCACCGGGGGGCUAGACGCCGCCGUCGCCUCCCCCGUGCCCACGGCCGAGAGCGUCGCCGCCGCCGCCGCCGCCGCCGCGUCGUCAUCGUCGUCUCAGACCGAGACCAUCUUCGUCACCCAACCGUGCAUCACCACGAGCGGCGAGACCUUCGCCAUCUGGCUGAACGUGUUCUACCUCGCGCCCCUGACCUACCUGUUCGUCAUGUUCUUCAUCCGCAGCUACCUCCGCCGGAGCAGCGCCGAGUCGUCGCGCCAGGUCAAGGGCAAGCCGCGCCGCCAGAGCAACGUCACCUUGGCCGAGAAGGCUGGCUGGGAUGCCGCUCGGGACGUUAACCGGGAGAUCUACCACAAUGGGUCCGAGGAGGGCGGCCUUGCGGAGAAGACCAACGGCAAGGCCAGGUACUAGGUGAAGGCUUUGCUUUUGGGGCGGAAGCUUGGUUGAGAGUCAACGGAGUUGCCUUACUGGCAGCGGAGAUUGGCCCGAGAGGUACGGAAAAAAAAAAGGGGCGUUUUUAUGGGAUUAAAGAAAACUAACUCGGGUUAAUCGAGGGGCGGACUGUAUGGAUUUUACCGGUAUGUCUUGACGUAUAAUUUUGAAAAUGACGAUGGCGCUUCGUUUAUACCGAAAAAGGAGAACAAAAAGAUUCAAAAAAAAAAUAACAUAAUAACUAUCAGCGUUAAUACUUCAACGGCUGUUGUCCAUGGAAUCAUCCCGUUGGAAAGCAGAAUUGUUCUCUCCUGUCGCUGCUACUAGUCAUUAGUCGUACCACAUGUCAAUCAGCGCAUUGUCUGUCCUCGUGUAAUAAUAGACUGGCUAGGUGCUGUAAUUCAUCAUCAACAUGGCAUGGCUUAUUCAUUUACGCAUCUACAGGUGGUUGGG